UCAGUGUAACUCAUCCUACCUCUCUUUCUCUCACUUUCUUGCGCUCUCUCUCUCUCUCUGAUGGGGAGUGUGAUGUUGUCUUCAGUUGCUGUGGUUUCCUGUUUGUAGGUGGGAGAGAGAGAUUCUGUAAAUUUCUCACUACAUUGCAAAUUAGCCGAGCAAAUGCAACAUGAAAACAGUUCUUGACUGUUCUGAGGUGUAGUGAUGAUUUUAUGCAACUCCUUUAACACAAGUGUGAGAUGCAUGGAAGCUAAAUGUCAAGAGGUUGGCAGCUGAAGCAAAGGGGAAACUCUGAAAAGGAGUCAAAUCUGUCAUUUCUGUUCAUUUUUUCAGAAAACUGAACCGGUUACAUGGAGGUUAUAAUCUCUGUGUGAUCAUUAUUAUGCAGAAUGUUUCUGCGUAAUAAGAUGUGCUUAUGUAAUAAUAAAAGGAAGAUUUAUGGUACAUUGUGAUGCUUUAGGGACGAAAGGUGUUAAAUUCAAUUAAAGUGUUAAUAAAAUUAAGUUGUUUCUGAAAGUAUAUAACAGGGAUAUCUGUGAAGUUUGUAAUGAAAUGAAGUGUCUACAUUGCUGAAAGAAGUGUGGGAAAUAAUGAGUCUUAAUACAAAGCACAAGCAAAAAAAAAAAAAAAGAAAAAAUUUUAAGUAGAAGGGCAGAGCUGAAGCCAGGCAGAUGAAUGAGCAAGAAACCACUCCGAGAGAUUAGCUUAGAAACUGGAGGUGGAGGCUACGACGACAUUCAGAAAGAGCCUAUGAGGAGCGAGAGCGAGCGGGCACAGGAAAGAUAAAGAAAGAAAAAGUUUAGGGAUGGCCUAUUUCUCUACGAGACUCAUAUAUGACUGAUGUGCUUGCUUAAACAGACUAUGACCUGUUUGGACUGAUGAGAUAGAAGCAUUGAAAGUCAGACAGCGACAAGAGGCUUAGGUGUAGAUGAAAAAGUAGGAGAACCAAGAUGGUGAAACUCAAAGCGUGAACUGCUGGUGAAUUUGGGUUAUAAUUUGGCCUCUGGUUCAGCUCAGCACCCUGACAGGCAGAUCCUAUCCCCUGCUGCGACAGUGCCGGUAUGGAUUCCACUGCACUUUUGACUGUGGUAUGUGUGGCAGUUGUUGUGCUGCUCAUCUUCCUGACUGGUCUUUGCUUGAACUGCAAAGGAAACAGCCAACCAAGUAAGAUAAGAAAUAAAGGAUGUACACAAAGUAGAUCCUUCAAUCACUUGAAACACAAUACACAGGGCCAAGGAUUUACAGUUUUCCGCCAUGUAGAGCGUCCUUCUUUCACUGUCGUACCAGUUCAGCCUUCUCAACACCAGCUGACUUCUCCAUCGAUGCCUGACACGAGACGGAUCUCGAGUUGUCCCUCCUCUGAUGGUGGAAGCCAGAGUGAUUACAUCAACCAGCAUGUGGAAAACGAUGCAGAAAGCUAUGAGCCGCCUCCCGAAAAGACCCCAGACUAUCCGGACUAUCUGGACGUGUUACCAGAUGACCAAAAUGUUUCCCAGCAGAAUCUCGCCUCUUCGUUGAAUUCCGGCCAGAGUUACCAGAACAUUGAAAAUGAUGACAACGACGAUGAUUCAGACAGUCAGCAUUAUAUAAAUGUCAAUGAGGACAGAGAACCUGCAACUGAAACUCCUGUUGGAUCACUUGAGAGCUGCAGCAGUGACGGCCAGGGCAGCUCUGACUAUGUAAACGCUCCUAAACAAAUUAACUACCACAUGGGCUGACCCGAAACACCAAGACUUGAAUCACCGUCAGAUUACACAAGAGACUUUUUAUACCAUAAAAUCACAUUGUUUAGGAAACUCAAGCGUCACAUUUUGUCCACAGAUUUAAAUGUGGACAAAAAUGUUGGACAGAUGGACAGAAUAAUCUUAAGAAAUUUAUUCUGUAAGAAAAUUAGAACUCUUUAAUAUUUCACCGUACUUUUUCAUAUGUCCUGUUGACAGGAUUUGCUGACAAUUCCUGAGAAUAUUAACUUUUACUCACUCAUAUUUUCUGACUGAAAACAUUUUUUAAUUAUAAUUGCGAUGAAAUCAGUUGUUCUUCGGCUGUUGUAUGUAAAGUAAUGUAAUGCUCUGUAACUUUGUUGUCUGAUAGCUGAAAUAAAUUAUGCACCACCAAA